AUGCCACCCAAGAAAGAUAAAGCCAGGAAGCGGAAAACCAAAGAUUCGAAUGAUACAAAUAGAGCAGGACCUAGUGACCUUGCCGACAAAGAGGAUUCAAAACAAAGUCAAGAAGAACAACAACCUAUCAUUACAUGGGAUGAGUACUUUAUGGGUAUUGCUUUUCUGUCAGCAAGAAGAAGCAAAGAUCCUGAUCGAAAGGUUGGUGCAUGUAUUGUUAACAAGAGAAAUAGAAUAGUUUCCGCCGGAUAUAACGGUUUUCCUGAUGCUAGUGCUAAAGCCGAUGAGCACUUUCCCUGGACAAAAAAGGAGAAACACGAUUACGUUUGUCAUGCUGAGUUAAACGCAAUUGUCAACAGACAUGCUACUAGUUUGGAGGACUGCACAUUGUAUGUUACGCUCUUUCCUUGCAAUGAAUGUGCCAAAUUGCUGAUACAGUCAGGAAUCAAAAAAGUGAUAUAUUUUUCCGACGAUAAGGCUGAUAGAGAUGCAUUCAAGGCUUCUCGGGCGCUGCUUACCUUUGCAAAUGUUGUAGUAAUACACUACAAAAAUCUUCAACGAAGGGUUGGAGUUCCUCUUCUGACUGAAAUAAAACUAGAAUUUACUCCUCCACAAGACGACUGA